AAAAAAAAAACUACCCUCGGGGAUACAUCUGUUGAAUCAUCAAACCUAAGCAGAAAUGAAACUGGAAACAACAGAGAACCUUGCAAACGUAAAAACUUUAUAAACUCUUUAACUUCAUGCUCUACCAUGGGCUUACCUCAGCGAAAGCUCAGAGGAAAGAAAGAAUACAAUGGUAUAGACCUUGAUAAAGUUUUUGACUCUAAACAAAAUUUCAUGCUCAAACAAACUUAUAAUAGAAAGAAACCUUACAAAUGUAGUGAAUGUUCCUAAUGCCUUGACAAGAAAUGCAAGCUUAGACAGCAUCAGACCGUUCACACAGGAGAGAAACCUUACAAAUGUAGUGAAUGUGACAAAUCUUUUACCCUGAAAGGCAAUCUUAGAAUUCAUCAGCGAAUUCAUACAGGAGAGAAACUUUACAAAUGUGGUCAAUGUGGCAAAUACUUUACCCAAAAAUGUAGUCUUAUUAUUCAUCAGAGAAUUCAUGCAGGAGAAAAACCUUAUAAAUGUAGUGAAUGUGACAAAUGCUUCAUCCGGAACAGCAGUCUUAUAAUUCAUCAGAGAAUUCAUACAGGAGAGAAACUUUACAAAUGCAGUGAAUGUGACAAAUGCUUUACUGACGAGUAUCGUCUUAGAAAUCAUCAGAGAAUACAUACAGGAAAUAAGCCUUACAAAUGUAGCGAAUGUGGCACUUUACCCAAAAAGGCAGUCUUACACUUCAUCAGAGAAUUCAUACAGGUGAGAAACCAUACAAAUGUAGUGAAUGUGGCAAACACUUUACCCAAAAAUACAGUCUUAUUAUUCAUCAGAGAAAUCAUACAGGAAAGAAACCUUACAGAUGUAGUGAAUGUGACAAAUGCUUCACCCAUAAAGGUUAUCUUAGCAAACAUCAGAGAAUUCAUACAGGAAAGAAACCUCACAAAUGUAGUGAAUGUGACAAAUGCUUCACCCAAAUUGGUGAUCUUAGAAAACAUCAGAGAAUACAUACAGGAAAAAAACCUUAGAAAUGUAGCGAAUGUGACAAAUGUUUUACCUUCAAAAGUGGCCUUAGGAGUCAUCAUAGAAUACACACAGGAGAAAAAGCUUACAAAUGUAGUGAAUGUGAAAAAUGCUUUACCCGUAAAGGUGAUCUUAGAAGACAUCAGAGCAUUCAUACGAGAAAAACUUUAUAAAUGUAGUGAAUGUGACAAAGGCUUUAUCCAGAAAUGCAGUCUUAUCAUUCAUCAAAUAAUUCAUACAGGAGAGAAAGGUUAUAAAUGUAGUGAUUGUGACAAAUGCUUUACCCUCAAAAGUGAUCUUAAUAUUCAUCAAAGAAUUCAUACAGGAGAAAAACUUUACAGAUGUAGUGAAUGUGACAAAUGUUUUACCAAGAAAUAUCGUCUUAGAAUUCAUCAGAGAAUACAUGCAGGAGAGAAACCUUACAAAUGUAGUGAAUGUGACAAAUCUUUUACCCUGAAAAGCAAUCUUAGAAUUCAUCAGCGAAUUCAUACAGGAGAAAAACCUUACAAAUAUAGUGAAUGUGGCAAAUACUUUACCCAAAAAUGUAGUCUUAUUAUUCAUCAGAGAAUUCAUGCAGGAGAGAAAACUUACAAAUGUAGUGAAUGUGACAAAUGCUUCAUCUGGAAAAGCAGUCUUAUAGUUCAUCAGAGAAUUCAUACAGGAGAGAAACUUUACAAAUGCAGUGAAUGUGACAAAUGCUUUACUGACGAGUAUCGUCUUAGAAAUCAUCAGAGAAUACGUACAGGAAAUAAACCUUACAAGUGUAGCGAAUGUGGCAAACACUUUACCCAAAAAGGCAGUCUUACAAUUCAUCAGAGAAUUCAUACAAGUGAGAAACCAUACAAAUGUAGUGAAUGUGGCAAACACUAUACCCAUAAAGGAAGUCUUAUAGUUCAUCAGAGAAUUCAUACAGGAGAGAAGCUUUACAAAUGUAGUAAAUGUGACAAAUGCUUUACCCGCAAAACCAGUCUUAAUUUUCAUCACAGAUUUCAUACAGGAGAGAAACCUUACAAAUGUAGUGAAUGUGAAAAAUGCUUUUCCUACAAAGGCGAUCUUCGAAAACAUCAGAGAAAUCAUGGAGGAGAAAAACCUUACAAAUGUGAAUGUGACUACUGAUUUACCCAAAAAUUCAGUCUUCUUACUCAUCAGGAAAUUCAUACAGGAGAGAAACCUUACAAAUGUAGUGAAUGUGACAAGUGCUUACCUGCAAAAGCAGUCUUAGAAUUUUUAGAGAAUUUAUGCAAGAGAAAAACCUUAAAAAUAUAGUGAAUGUGAUGAAUUCUUUUGCCAGAAACAAUCUUAGCAUUCAUCAAAGAAUUCAUACAAUAAUGAAACUUCAUGAAUGAAGUGAAUGAGAAAAAUCCAUUCCCAAGGGAAGUCAUCUUACAAUUUAUCAAAGAAUACAUAUAGGAGAGACCUUACAAAUGUAGUAAAUGUACAAAUCUUUUACUGUUGACUCAUUGAUUAGAAUACAUCAAAGAAUGCAUACAGGACAAAAAACAGAAAUGUAAUGCAUGAGGAAAGGUCUUUACUCAGAUCUCAGAUCUAAGAAGAUACCUAGAAAUUUAUAGUCAGAAAAAAAUAUGUCCACUGGAAAAAUGUGGCAUGUGCUAUUGUUUGUAACACUUGAGGCUGCACAGUAGAGAUCUAUUGUGUGUGUGCGUGUGUGUGUGUGUGUGUGUGUGUGUGUGUGUGUACAUGAAACUUGUGAAGGUAUUAAUUACUGCUCAAAUCUUAGAAACUACCCAGAGUUUACACUGAGAGAAACUGAAAGUAUGACAAUGAAGGAAAAAUUUCAUUAAAAGUUUUUACUUGUUCACUUUCAAAUAUAUCAUAAUGAAAACACAAUUGAGAAGCUAGAAGAAUGUGGAAUUAUAUAAAGGUUCUGGGAGAAUAAAAUGGUGUAUUUCAAAGAGAAGCUACAAAAUACAUGCCUCAAAAUUGCUAAUGAAACUGACAGCAUUUGGUACAGUUUACUCAAAUAAAGAUACUCGGACAAAUUUUACUUCUUAAAAGAGGAUUUGACAACA